CCCCACCGGCAGGAGCCCGGCGCCGACCGCUCCCCCCAUGGCCUCCGCCCCGGAGGACCCGGUUCUGGAGCGUUAUUUUAAAGGCCACAAAGCUGCGAUCACCUCCGUAGACUUCAGCCCUAACGGCAAACAACUGGCUACUGCUUCUUGGGAUACCUUUCUCAUGCUAUGGAAUUUCAAGCCACAAGCUAGAGCUUACAGAUAUGUGGGUCACAAGGAUGUUGUAACCAGCGUGCAGUUUUCUCCACAUGGAAACUUACUGGCAUCUGCCUCACGAGACAGAACCGUUAGACUCUGGAUUCCUGAUAAGAGAGGGAAAUCAUCGGAAUUUAAAGCUCAUACAGCUCCAGUUCGAAGUGUGGACUUUUCAGCUGAUGGCCAGUUUCUGGCUACAGCUUCUGAAGACAAAUCCAUCAAAGUAUGGAACAUGUAUCGCCAGCGCUUCUUAUAUUCUUUGUACCGACACACACACUGGGUACGCUGUGCCAAAUUUUCACCUGACGGAAGAUUAAUUGUGUCAUGUAGUGAGGAUAAAACUAUUAAAAUUUGGGAUACCACAAAUAAGCAAUGUGUUAAUAACUUCUCAGAUUCUGUAGGAUUUGCAAGUUUUGUGGAUUUUAACCCUAGUGGUACGUGCAUAGCUUCAGCAGGUUCUGAUCAUACGGUGAAAAUCUGGGAUAUAAGAGUUAACAAAUUACUCCAGCAUUAUCAAGUGCACAGCGGUGGAGUUAACUGUUUAUCAUUCCAUCCUUCGGGUAACUAUCUCAUCACUGCUUCUUCAGAUGGUACACUUAAGAUUCUGGAUCUCUUAGAAGGAAGGCUCAUAUAUACACUUCAAGGACAUAUGGGACCUGUCUUUACUGUUUCAUUUUCAAAAGGUGGAGAGCUAUUUACAUCAGGAGGUGCAGACACUCAGGUCUUAUUAUGGAGAACUAACUUUGAUGAAUUGCAUCGUAAAGUUCUUAAUAAAAGAAACCUCAAAAGAUUACAUUUUGAUUCACCACCACAUCUUCUUGACAUCUACCCAAGAACACCACAUCCCCAUGAAGGAAAAAUUGAAACUGUUGAAAUUAAUCCAAAGCUUGAGGUAAUCGAUUUGCAGAUCUCUACUCCCCCUGUUGUUGACAUCCUUUCUUUUGAUUCUACCACAACAACAGAAACCACUAGUAGAACUCUACCAGACAAGGGUGAAGAGACCUGUGGAUGUUUCUUGAACCCUUCCUUAAUGUCACCGGAAUGUUCACCAACAACCAUGAAAAAAAACGCAGAAGACAUGAGUGACCACCCCUCCGAGAGUCAAAGAAGCAUACCGCUCGCUGUGACUGAUGCUUUAGAGCAUAUUAUGGAACAGCUCAAUGUUUUGACACAGACGGUUUCCAUCUUAGAGCAACGACUGACUUUGACUGAGGAUAAACUGAAAGACUGCCUUGAAAAUCAGCAAAAGCUUUUCAGUGCUGUCCAACAGAAAAGUUGAAUAGAAAAGUAUGAACAGAGGCAUGAUAAAUGAACACAUGUCCGUAUACUCAGGAAGGUAGUACAAGAUGCUCCACGCAACACAAACAUGGGCUAAUUACUGUGGCAUUUCUUCAGGGGUGAGCAACAGAACAAAAGGCAGAAAAGGCAUAUUUAAGGACUAAUUUAAACACACAAAUCAAUAUCAAGGACUAAUUUAAAUCACUAUCAUUUAUGACUGUAGUAAUAAAAUGAUAAGCAUUCAAGUGACUCUAUAAUUUUCCCCCAUAUUAUUUUAAUGUCAGUUUUCAUUUAUAGUCCAAAUCCAGCCAGGAAAGUAACCAAAUUUCUGGAUUUCAUUGUUAAAUCAUUUCAGAUUAACCAUGCUCAGGCAAUUCCUUAAAGUAAUUAACGUAUUUCUUUAGCGAACACAUCCUUGGGAUGAAAUAAUUUACUUACCUCUAAAAUAACAUUCUGUAUACAACAGCAGGAAUUAUUGAUGUGACUCAUAUUUCUUGUACUUCAAAAAUAAUUUACAUUUUUUAUUAAUGGCUUGAAAAGAUGAUCUAAUAAAAAUUCUCAGACCACAGAAUUUUCACAGCCAGAAUACCCCUAUGUUAAUUAGCAAUAGCACUUAAUAGGGAGUGGGUUUUUAUUUAAUUUAUGGUGUACAUCGUUUAGCCUUUGGCCCUCCUGAAGGACAAUGAAGAGUUAGAAGCAUGUGAAGCGCCCGUAUCUUUCCUAUCACAGAUGAAUGCACUGAGUGAUUUGGGUUGUAUCUGAACCCAUGGUCAUGGUUCACAGAAAUUAUGUUAGUGUGAUUUCAGUAUACUAAAGAGCCAGAAUAAUGCGACAACAACAUUUAAAAAUACACACGCUUCAGACAUAUUGCUGUUUAGGGUGAUUUUGACAGCUAAAUAAUAAGUACUUAAAAAAAAAUUUGUAUUGUCUUCCUAUUUUUUUUAAUGAAUUGUUAUUUGAAACAAAAUCAAAAUGAGCCAGGUAUUCUAAAAGAUCUUGGUUACAAAUUAAGAAUUUUGUUUUGCCUUAAACAAAAUUGAGAUUAAAGCAAAGAAAAGCAGGUAAAUUAAUUUUAGCUUGCUUUUUAUUAACCUAUAUAAUAACAAAGGUAGGAGAAAGCAGUCCAUACUUACGGUGUCUGUAAGCAACAUGGGGAAAAUGCAUCUACGUUUUGGAAAAGUGAAAAAUCUUGUUUAUUUAGGAGUCUAUAUUUAGCAAUUUCUUUCAAAGCAAUUUCAAUUGCAUCUAUGAGGUCAGUUUUUAAAAAUCAUCUCAUUGUGUGUUGAAAGUGCCUUUUUGUAUCAGACUAAGUGUGAACUUCUAGACAUUUUAAGAGCUUACAGAGGGAGACUAAGUGGC